AUGGACUACCAGAACGGAGGCCGUGGAUGCUUCAACUGCGGUGAUGCAUCGCACCAGGCUCGUGAUUGCCCCAAGAAGGGAACUCCUACCUGUUACAACUGUGGUGGCCGAGAAUGCACUGUAGCUCCGAAGGAAAAGACUUGCUACCGUUGCGGUGUCAGUGGUCACAUUUCGCGUGAAUGCCCUCAGUCUGGUUCGACCGAUGGCUACAGUGGUGCCGUCGGCGGCCAGGAAUGUUACAAGUGCGGUCAGGUUGGACACAUUGCUCGCAGCUGUUCCCAGGGUGGCAGCUACGGAGGUGGAUUUGGUGGUGGAUACGGCGGUCGGCAGCAGACCUGCUAUUCUUGUGGCGGAUUCGGCCACAUGGCCCGCGAUUGCACUCAAGGCCAGAAGUGCUACAACUGUGGUGAGAUCGGCCAUGUUUCCCGCGACUGCCCUACGGAGGCCAAGGGUGAGCGUGUCUGCUACAAGUGCAAGGAAGCCGGACACGUUCAGGCCGCCUGCCCCAACUAA